AACGAACCGGGUACGCCAACAAAAGGGUAGAAGCGUUCUCCAUAUGAAGCUGAGUGGAUGAGCAGCUGAACAAUGGCAAAGCUUCUCUCUCCUUCCUCCAAUUCUCUCUCUACGUUCAACCACCCACUCAUUUCCAGUCCUCCCUUCUUCAGGACCCAGACUGGGAUUAGUUCAAAUCAGAAGAAAUGUAGAUUACAUGAGAAAAUUAUAGCAUGUUCAUACUCUCCUUCAAAACCGAAUUCGCAAAAUGUGUCGUGCAGAAGGGAUUUGCUGCUCCUUGGCAUUUGUUCUUCAGUUGCUAUGAUUUUCCCGUCUUUAGCAUCUGGAGCGGAGGAAGAGUUGAAAACAGCUUCACUUGUUGAUGAUAUAAAUGCUUAUUCUUAUCUAUACCCGAUGGAAUUGCCUUCUAAAAAGUUUGUCUUCAAAUGGGUGGUAUCCAGAAAACCAGAACGUUAUUCAUCAGCUGCACCACUGUCCCCUGAUGCACGCCUGCGCAUUGUGUCUGAGCGUGUUGACAUUAUUGACAACCUCAUCAUUAGUGUCUCGAUUUGUGUUUUUAUUUCUUUGUUUCAGAUAGGUCCCCCCAAUUCACAGUUCCUAAAAUCAAUGGACAAAAGUACAUGGAGUCCCAGAGAUGUCGCUGAUUCUGUUUUAUCUGACAAAUCUGCUUUGCGAAUCACAUCAAGUCAACGCAUGGCUGAGAGUUCUGUUCUUGAUGCACAUUCUUCUGAAAUUGAUGGCAAGCCUUACUGGUACUAUGAAUACCUCAUUCGCAAAUCACCUACAAAAUCUGCUCAAGAAUCAAAUAAUUAUCGGCAUUAUAUCGGUUCAACUGCAGAACGAGAUGGUUAUUUGUACUCUCUGAAUGCUUCAACUCUAAAUAAGCAGUGGAAUACAAUGGGGCCCUUCUUGGAAAAGACCGUGUCUUCUUUCCGCCUUCUUCCACCCACUGUAGACUAUGUUCCUCCAUACAAGGAUCCCUGGAGAUUUUGGUGACAACUAUUUUUUAUUUUCUAAUUUAAUAGCUUUUCGUCAUUUGAUUUCCUCUGUCUCUCUUUCAAAUAUUAAAAAAUGUAAAAAUCAGGGACCCUGAGCACCAUUUCAUGUAACGUGACUUUGUUUCAAUUCUUAAUAGAAAUUUGAAUGUUAUUUUUUGUAUUUUA